AUGGCUACCUACCGUAAUGUGUUGCUUAUUGGUGGGUCUGGAACUCUAGGGAGUGUCGUUUUGAAGAUUCUUCUGGACUCACCAUACAACACGACUGUUCUUUCGCGGCAGAACUCAUCAUCUCAGUUCCCUGAGGGCGUACACGUCAUCCGCGCAGACUACGACGACCUAGAUUCAUUAAAAUCUGCGAUGCAAGGCCAGGAUGUGGUGAUCAGCACGGUUGGCGGUGCCGCGACAGGGGAUCAGAACAGGUUCAUCGACGCUGCUGUCGCGGCUGGCGUGAAGAGAUUUCUCCCCAGCGAGUAUGGUCCGAAUACACAGGAUCCUCGCGUUGUUGAAUUCAUCCCGAUACUUCCUUUCAAGGUGCAGACGGUCGACUAUCUCCGGUCGAAAGAAGAUAGGAUGGAAUGGACGAGCCUUGUGACUGGGCUGUGGUUUGACUGGGCUCUAAGAGAUGGUCAUCUUGGUUUUGACCUUGUUACAAAGACUGCGACGCUGACAGACGAGGGUACGACUGAAUUCACAGUUUCGACACUGGAGAGCGUGGGGAAAGCUAUAAUCAAGAUUCUGGAGCACCCCGAGGAGACUAGAAAUAAUUACGUCUACACGUCGUCAUUCAACCUCAGUCAGAACAAUCUUCUUACUGUUCUCCAGAAGAUAGACGGCCAGGAUUGGACAGUCAAGCGGCGCGCUUCGAAAGACUUCGUUGAAGAAGGGCACAGAAGGGUCCAAAAAGGCGAUUAUAGUGGUAUUCCAUUAUUGGUAAGAGCGUUGGCGACUGGUCCGGUCAAUCUGGGAGAUUCGAGACCGGGAGGGCUUUGGGACGAGAGGCUGGGUCUUGAACGUGAGGAUCUAGAGCAAGUUGUGAGGCGCGUCGUUGCUGAAAAGCGAACUGGUACAGCUAUCGCAUGA